AUGUCCAAGCUUGCUGAGGGUGGGGAGAUCCUACGAACCGAUUACCAUACAAUUUUUAAAAGACUUAUUAUAGGAAAAAUUGAAAGGAUGGGGUUAUGGUUCAAUACGGGCUGGGUUAGCCGCUAUGAGAACGGCUGCGGCUUGGCAGAUUCUCGUAUUAUGUAA